AUGAAGUUUCUCAUGCUGAUUGUGGUCUUGCAGGUGUCUGUCUCUGGGGCCAUUCCUGUGAAUGAAACAAAAUUUGCUGAGGAGUACUUGACAAGACAUUACAACUUUCAAGAGGACAGAAUUCUGAAGACAAAAUCCAAAACCAAUGGAAACACGCUAGAAGAAAAAAUCCAGGAAAUGCAGCAGUUCUUCGGGCUGGAAGCGACUGGGCAACUGGACAGCCCAACUCUGGCGAUGAUGCACACACCUCGAUGUAGUGUGCCUGAUGUACAGUAUCGUAUGGCGGUGCCGGGGAGGUCACGAUGGAUGAAGCGUCACCUCACCUACAGGAUCUAUAAUUACACGCCUGACAUGAAGCGUGAGGAUGUGGACAACAUAUUUCAGAAAGCUUUCCAAGUCUGGAGUGAUGUGACCCCUCUGAGAUUCAGGAAGAUUUAUAAAGGAGAGGCUGACAUCAUGAUACGCUUUGCAUUCGGAGCUCAUGGAGACCCCAAUCCUUUUGAUGGCAGAGGGGGUACAAUAGCCCAUGCAUUUUACCCUGGACCUGGUAUUCAAGGAGAUGCACAUUUUGAUGAGGCAGAAAUCUGGAGUAAAAGUUCUCAAGACACAAACCUGUUCCUUGUUGCCGUUCAUGAGCUUGGCCAUUCCUUGGGGCUGCAGCACUCCAACAAUCCAAAAGCAAUAAUGUACCCCAGCUAUGGUUUCCUUGACCCCGACACAUUCCGCCUCUCUGCUGAUGACAUACGUAGCAUUCAGUCCCUCUAUGGACCCCCAGCGAAAAAACCACCCUUGGCAAAUCCUAGCAGACCACUAUCAACUGUCUGUCAGCAAAGCUUGAGGUUUGACGCUGUCACAACAAUGGGAGAUAAAAUCCUUUUCUUUAAAGAUCGAUUCCUCUGGUGGAAGCUUCCUUGGAGUCCAGUCACCAAUGUUACUGCAAUCUCUUCCAUGUGGCCAACCAUCCCAUCUGGUAUUCAAGCUGCUUGUGAAACUGAACGCAGAAAUCAACUCUUUCUUUUUAAAGAUGACAAGUACUGGUUAAUAAACAACUUAGUACCAAAGCCACACUACCCCAGGAGCAUAUACUCUCUGGGCUUCCCCAAGUCUGUGAAGAAGGUCGAUGCAGCUGUCUUUGAUCCGGUUCUCCGUAAAGUCUACUUCUUUGUGGAUAAACAAUGCUGGAGGUAUGAUGUGAGGCAACAGUCCAUGGACCCUGCUUACCCCAAACCUAUUUCCACACACUUCCCAGGAAUUGGGCCUAAAAUUGAUGCGGUGUUCUAUUUCAAAAGACACUAUUACAUCUUCCAAGGAGCCAAUCAACUGGAAUACAACCCCCUACUACAUCGGGUCACCAAAAAGCUGCAAAGUACAAGCUGGUUUGAUUGUUAG